UACUAGUUUUGCAACUUCCACUUUCCGGAAGAGGACACAAAUCUGUCGAAGAAACCAAACCCUAAUUCUAACCCCUAGCAAUACCACGAAGGGCUAGCACAGUAAGAAGAAGAAGAACGAUGAAUUUGAGUUUUGUAAAGUCUGCAAACUGAAUCACGACCAAGGUCAACGCCACAACUACUUUCCGAGCCACACCAAAUCACUCUCUGCCUUCCACUCCCGAUUCCAGACCAAACUCUCCGACGUCCACUUCUUCCUCAAAAACCCUAGCCUCCUCCGUCCAGAACAUGCCUCUCGCAAUCGACUCUGGUGCGUCUUCUGCCAUUCUGACGUCGACGAGCUCACUAGCUCCUUCGCUUGGUAACUAAACUUCACACCUCUCUCCGUUUCAAUUUCGAUCCAUUUGGUUGCUGAGAAAAUUUAGAAAAGGAAAAAAGAAUUUGAAAUGUUUAACAAGAAUUUUCUAUUUUAGUUUGUAGAGUUUUUUAUUUUUAUUUAUAAAAAAAAGACUGAACAAUGCUUGACAAGAAUUUUAUGUGGAAAUCAAUCCUGUUAUUCUUAGCAGAGUUGAAAUUCUCCUUUUUCCGGAAUAAUACAUAAGGGAAAACAUUGGAUACCGAGAUUUAUUUAUUAUUUUUGUUAUUGUUUUUGGGUUUCAUCUGAAGCAAAACAGAGGUUUAUGGCUUUGGUUUUCAAUUUUUAUACUAUUGUUGUAUUGGGAUUCUUGUUUUGAAUUGUGUUAAUAUAGUGGUAAUGCGAUAAAUCAUCUGGCAAGUGAGGAUCAUUUGAAGAGAUUUUUGGGGAAGUAUGGCGGUGGGAUGGAUCGCUUGGAUGCUUUAAGGAUUUCUGAUGUGGAUCUUGCUAAGUGGGAGAAAAAGUGCAAAUCAUUGAAGAGUGGAGCUGCUACUGAAGGAUCUCAUGGACCUAAUAUUGGACCUUCAAAUGGAAUGAGAGAUAUCAGGUAUCCCAUUCAGAACUAUCUGAAGUCAGAGAGUUGUUGUGAAGGUUCUUGUGGAACAAGAAUACUUGCACUGAUAUUUUGGUGCUUGUAUUGUGAUUCGUGUUACAUGGAUGGCCAACACUCUCUCCUUUAUGAUGGUAGGACAUCCUCAGCUGAUGGUUUUAGUAAUGGAGGGCUGUGCCAGGUCUGUCAAGAUGGAAGAACAAUUAAUGGAGGAAGCAUUUGUCAGGGUUUGCACAUCACUCAAAUUUCAUCCACUGUUCGUGAAGAUGGUAAAGGAAAUGUGCAUUCUGGAGCACCUCCUCCUUGGUUCAAUGCAACUGAGGCAAAUCCACUAAAUGUUGGACUAAAACCUGGGUUAGGACUGAGUACUGUUGCCUCUCCUCUCAGUAAACCUGGGAAGUCCCAGAAAUUGAACCCGAAACGGGUGGGAGCUGCUUGGGCAGAGAAGAGAAAGAUUGAACUGGAGAUGGAAAGGAGAGGAGUGUGUAUUGCCAAUAAUUUUGAUGCUAACUGGCUCCCUAAUUUUGGUAGAGUUUGGCAAUCAGGUAGCCGAAAGGAAUCUAGAAAAGAAUUUGAGGUGGAGGACAAAAAACCGCUAAAGGUUGAAACUGAAACUGAGACAUCAAUCAAGAUACAGCCUUACAUAAGCAAACGAAUGCGAAGGGAUGACGGGAAGUAGUGCUUUUUGCCAAGCAGGCUUAAAAGUUUUUAGAUCCCGGUGCUACUUAGAGUAUGCAUAUAUUUUUCUGUAUUCACCUUCAAUUUUGAUUGGAGGUCAAAUGGAUCCAGAAUUUUGUUAAAAGAGGCAGCUCAUUGAAAAUCAGCUUCAAAGUCCAGUCAUAAAUCCGUUUCUCCAGAGCAUUGGACUAAAAAUGCUGUCAACUUAGAUGUCCACACAACACAUGUAUAUAUACACACACAUUAGUGGGACAUGUCAAUUUUUGUUCAUCGCUGUAGUGUUCUAUGCUAACUCACCAAUCAUUGUCAUUGAAUUCAGCAAACUCGUCAUUAGGUGAUGCAUCAAAAGAACAUCUGUAAUACACUAUUAUUGAGUUUCAGUUGUAAUGACAGUCAAGGUGGAUUGCAUUUUUUCGAACCUAGGGUUUUUUUUUUCUUUUUGGCAGAAUUUGCCCUUGUAUAUUUGCUUAAGCUGAAACUGAAGGCUUCCUGACUCCAAAUUAUUACUUAUUGAAAAAUAGAUUUUAGUUUGUGUUC